CGUACGUGCGCGCACCCUUCUAUCGCGUGGUGGUGAUCAUCCAUAUUGCUGCUAGUGGUGGAGAUUAUCUUGUAAAUUUUAAAGUCUUUCGGACGCUUUUUUAUAUGUUUUAAUUCAACACAAACCCACUCUGCGUCUUAGACUGAAGGCUAUUUGGUCUAGGGGUGGAGUGGAGUAACGAUAGAAACGAGUUUACUCGAGGAAUACUGAAACAUUUUUCAUUCUUGAGUUGAAGGCGAAUUUGGGGAUAUUGUGAGGAAAAGGGGAAAUGGCCACUCAGGUGGAGACUCUCCUACCCAACAAUCCUCUUAUCAAAGAAGAGGAGCAUGGGCAUGCGAGCAAGAUGAUACAACACGGAGAGGACUGUCUGGAAAAGGGGGCCAAGCAGACGGGUGUUGCCGACGACGGUAGCAAUAUGAAAGCAGACAACUCGGAACUGGGGGUGGUCGCAAUGAAGGAGCAAAACUCCAAACAGGCUAAAGAAGAGAGUAACAAUCAAGAGAAAGACAUCCUCGAUCAAGAGAAGCACACGACUGGACAAACGGAAGACUGUGUGAAAUGUAACAAAAAGGAGUUUGCUGAAGCACCCCCACCCAAGGUGAACCCAUGGACUAAGAAAAUGAAUGCGGUGACCGUGGUCAACGUGAAUGGACAAGCACAUCAUGAGCUGCCGCCCACAACGGGCCCGGCCAAGGUGGUGAAGGCCCCAAAUCCCCGGCCUCGGAGAGGAGGAAAGGUUGGAGAUUUUGGAGACGCUAUGAACUGGCCGACACCAGGGGAGAUCGCAACUAAAGAGACGCAGAUUGAAGUUGUGACUGGGAUUGUGUCAUGCCCCAUGCCUGUCAGGCAGGUCAGAGAGGUGAGCUCCCCACGGAGAUCCCCAGCCCCCAAGAAGCCCGUGGUUAAGAAAGAGUGGAAAGAGAAACGUGACACCAACGAAGAGAGCAAGGAGAACCAGAAGGCCAAGUCGGACGACUCUGGAGAGGAGAAGAACGGAGACGAGGACUCUCAGAAGAAUGGACAGAAGAAAAAAGGGAACAAGCACAAGUGGGUGCCGCUGAUGAUGGAGGUGAAGUCAGAGGGGCCCAGAGAGCGCUCUGCGUCCAGGAACAACACCCGUCAGAACGAGGUUCCCAGGAUGCCCCCCAACAACAGGAACGACCUCCGAGACUGGCACAGCGGGAAGUACGAACGUGAAUGUCGUGAGGACCAUGAUGAGGUGUCCAGCGUGAAGAGUGAGGGAGCUCCCUUCCGUGCCGGGUUCCGGGGGCGUGGUCGUGGCAGGGGCCGGGGCCGGGGACGAGGCAGAGGAGGCAGCAGAGGUCACUACGACUAUCAUUACGGCUACAAGGCCUACGACGGUAAGGACGGCGCCUACGGCCAGAAGUUUGGCGCUCCAGUGACCUACUACUACGACAACAUGAGCAGCAACGACCUGUACUCCGUAGACCAGGACCUGCUCAAGGACUACAUCAAGAGGCAGAUUGAGUAUUACUUCAGCCUUGACAACCUGGAGCGGGACUUCUUCCUGCGUAGGAAGAUGGAUCAGGAAGGCUUCCUGUCUCUUGGCCUGGUCGCUAGCUUCCACAGGGUGCAGGCCCUCACCACCGACGUCAACCUCAUCAUAGAGUCGUUAAAGGGUAGCAAAGAGGUGGAGAUCAUUGAAAUGAAGAUUCGCCGAAAGGUGGAACCCGAGAAGUGGCCUCUACCGGGUCUUUCCAUGGGACCGGACCACAACCAAGUGGACCUGACCCAGCUCAUCCACUGCCCAGAGUUCGUUCCCCGACAGACGCCCGCUGAGCAGACAGAAUCUGCUCCAGGGUCUCCCCGGUCCUCCACACCCACCAGGGGCUCAACCAGGGCCUCCAUGCAGCCCAAGGUGGAGCAGGACGUGUCCAACCUGAAGAGCAUGUCCAAGGGCCUGUCGGCGAGUCUCCCCGACCUGGACUCUGAGUCCUGGAUCGAGGUGAAAAAGAGGCCCAGGCCCUCUCCGGCCCGACCCAAGGUGAGUGGAUCUGAAGGAGAGGAGAGGGACAGAGUGUGUUCGGAAAGGGGAUUCAAACCUCACAAUGAGCAGGACGAGCCCGAGGAGCUGGACUUCAUGUUUGACGAGGAGAUGGAGCAGAUAGAUGGCCGCAGGAACACCUUCACCGAUUGGUCCGACGACGACUCGGACUGCGAAAUCGCCGACAACGACGUUAACAAAAUCCUCAUCGUGACACAGACGCCGCCCUACCUGCGCAAGCACCCGGGCGGCGACCGCACGGGCCACCACACGUCACGCUCUAAGCUGACCAACGAGCUGGUGAAGGUGAUCAACGACGGCCUGUACUACUACGAAGCGGAUCUGUGGGAUGACAACUAUGAACCAGAGUACGCCACCAUCAAGCAAGAGGUGGAGAACUUCAAGAAGGUUCACCUGAUCAGCCGAGAGGAGUUUGACUGCCUGACCCCAGAGCCCCCUGUCGACCCCAACCAGGAGGUACCCCCGGGACCCCCCAAACCCCAGCAGAUUCCCGUAGACGCCUUGGCGAACAAACUGUUCGGUGCCCCUGAGCCUUCCACAAUAGCACGCUCCCUCCCGACGACUGUGCCUGACUCGCCCAACUACCGCAGUGCCCGGACACCCCGCACGCCUCGCACCCCGCACCGGAAGGACCCCCCCAUGACGCCACGCUUCUACCCUGUGGUGAAGGAGAGCCGGCCUGUCGACGCCAUGACCCCCAGGAAAAGGAAGACCAGACACAGCUCUAAUCCCCCCAUGGAGUGCCACGUUGGCUGGGUGAUGGACUCGCGAGAACACCGAUCCCGCACUGCCUCCGUCAGCUCCAACGCCAGCCCCUCAGAGGGUACCCCUGCAUUGGGGGGAAUUGGCUGCACCCCCCAGUCGCUCCCCAAGUUCCAGCAUCCCUCCCACGAACUGCUCAAAGAGAACGGCUUCACUCAACAUGUUUACCACAAGUACCGUCGGCGCUGCCUAAACGAGCGCAAGCGGUUGGGCAUCGGCCAAUCCCAGGAGAUGAACACGCUAUUCCGUUUCUGGUCGUUCUUCCUGAGGGAUCACUUCAACAGGAAGAUGUACGAGGAAUUCAGGCAGCUGGUGGUGGAGGAUGGCAAGGAGGGAUACAGGUACGGUCUGGAGUGUCUGUUCAGGUACUAUAGCUAUGGACUAGAGAGAAAAUUCAGACCAGACAUCUUCAAAGACUUCCAGGAGGAGACCAUGAAAGACUACGAAGCUGGCCAGCUGUAUGGACUAGAGAAGUUUUGGGCGUUUCUUAAAUACUCCAAAAACAAGAACAUGGAGAUCGACCCCAAGCUGCAGGAGUGCCUGAGCAAGUUCAAGCGUCUUGAGGAUUUCAGAAUCGAUCCCCCGAUGGAGGAGGGAGGCCGCAAGAGACACUCAUCCAGUGGAGACGGUCGUCGCCGUCACCCUUCCCAGGGUUCCAGCCGCCCCCACAGCCAAACUGGCUUCGGCCCGGCCCCGUUCGCCCAGGGCCCCGCCAAGGAUGAUGCCAAAAACAGCAGCCAGAGCCAGCGACCCGCAGCCCAGGCCUCGGCCACCGCGUCAGACACCAAGCCACCAAAGUAGCCCCGGACAACCCUCGGAUCAACUCAACGUCAUCAAAUCCUUUCUGCAACACAAGGGGGUCCAAUGGUUCACGCAAAGCAUGAGAGAAUGACUUUGAUGAAUGUCUCGUGAUUUUAAAUAAAUCAAGGCACUUCCAUUUUUAAUUUCUUUUGUUUGAAACAGAGUUUUGUCUUGUUGGAGACAAAGACAUUUGAAGGAAUGGAUGAAGUGUUCCAUUGUUUUUUUUCUUUAGUUUUUUUUUCGUUGCGAACCUUAGCAUAUAUUCUCCCGGUGGUUACAAUGUGGGAAUGAACAUGGGUUUUGAGCACGUUUGAUGGCAACUGCAAACCUUGUGGCCCCCUUUUCUAUCGUUGGACCUCCUUUCCAUUUGACACCAUCUGUUGGCUGACAGAUGAGUGAUUUUUCAAGAUCUGAUCUUUUUUUUUUCUUCUAUGGGGUGAGUGGUGGAUUGGAAACUGAUUCUUUGAAAAAUUAAGGAAAACAAUAUUUGACUUGUUUUGGGCUGGAGGGUAGAGGAGGGAAAAAAAAGAGAAAAAAAAAUCAAGAAACCAAAUGAUUAAAAUAAGACUUGUACCAGUCCCUCAGUAUGAGCAAGAUCGUUGAAAGUUGCCUUAUUUUAAUGGUUUUUCUGCUUAAUUUGUGCCCGCCACCUUAAUGUCGAUUGUACAGCAUUGAUAAUUGCAAAUAUGCAACAUCGGUCAUCACCUACAGUAGUGGCCACUCAGUGACACCCCCCUCCCCCCCUCUGAACAGCACCCCCUCUGAACUGUCUUCCAAGUGUCAUAUGGUCUGUUACGAAGCCUACCCACCCUUCAGUGUGUUUGCAAUUUGUGGCUCUUUGUGCUAAAAUGCUUUGCUGGGGGGGGCACCCACCCCUGACCCCCCCCAAUCACCAGCCUCCAAAGGACAGUCUGCGUCCAGCCAUCUAUCUGUUCAUCCUAUCAUCCAUCCAUUGUACACCAUUCAGGCUACUGGACUGGAAUCACCAAUCCGGAUGACUUGACGACAGAGGAACGGCUCUCAGUCCCAGUAGAUCUGGCAUGCUGCAGCAGGUGCUUCAGGUGUAUGGUGGGCUUUGUUUUAAGGGGGGGGGGAAUGGCCUGCUUUCCAGGGCUAAACAAGGCUUCAGUCUGCAGCUUGGCAUGGACUAUACCCUCGCAUCCCACUACCACACACACACACACCAGUGUUUCUUCCAGAGAGUGGUGGCUCUAAUCUGUUCUUCUGGAGGAGUACAACCAAUGUACAGGCUAUGUAUCCCUCUCUGACCCCAACCAACCUGUUUUUUAUUCCCCUACAUCCAUUCAGAUCAACUAUAAUAACCUAGUUUAGAUAACUUAAUCUUUAUCUGACAUGAGUACUGAUGAUAUCAAAUAGAUGAGUGUUUUUUUGUCCACUAAUGUAAAUGUGAAUUGGACAGAUGAAGAGAAAUUACUCCUCCCAGCUACUUGUUUUAUUGUUUAUAGAACAGAUUAUAUAUUCGCCUUACAUGUGUACGUACUCAACUUUUCUUUCUGUCUUUAUUUUGUUUCCCCCCUUUCGUUUCAUCUUUUAAUUCUUUUUAAUUUGCUGUGUUUCAAGCUAGGGUAUGUCUCUGUAUUGAAUAUGUGUUUGAAACCUCUGGACUUUCAAGAAAUGGGAAAUUUAAUAUAGUACAAAUGAAAGGGAAAUUUACAUUAGGGCAUCAACUGACAUUCAAUGCAACAACAAACAUUAUACAUUUCCAGGAAGUAGAGUUCAAUUUCAAAUCAAAGUUUAAUUUGCAGAAUUACAUUUUUUUUUAUUUAGAUGAAUUUUGUUGACAAAUUGCGUGAUGUGAAUCGCGCAACGUCAAUUUAGAACGAAUUGUAUCAUGAGUUAAAGGUGGUUUGUUGAAUAAUCCCCCCUGACUAGUUAUUGGAUCAGUGACGUACAAUGGUCCUCUUUGUUAAAUAUUAAUUGGCAUAAAUAACUGGAGGUGCAUUGAAGUGAUUCAGAUUCACUGGUGGUUCCCCUGUGUUAGAAUGUCCAGUUGUCUUCAUGUUUUUGUUUCAAAGGAAAUUUUUAUUAACCCGCCAUUGUUGAACAAUUUACAAGAGUUUAGCGAGAAUUAGCUACGUUUUAGCUUUAUUUUUAUUUUUUUUCUGUUUUGUUGUGGGCUUAGCUCAAGGGAGCUGCGGGUCAAUUCAGGAGGCUGAUAUGAAUCACUCAAGAAAUCAUUUUACUCGAGGAAUAAAGACAAAAUACGACAAAACUCCCAACCAUUUCCCAAUCCAGUUAAUCCUCUGAGAGGAUGUGGUGUGUCACCAGGGGGGUGCCCUUCCAGACAGCCACACAGACAGAUUUCUUCCCCCCCACCCCCCCAGUGAAUGUUGCCUGUGCCCCCUCCCCCUGGAUAGAGGGGACAGGUGCUCUGGGGUCCAGCCUUUUCUUUAGCAUAGUGACAAACCCUGCGGAUUGAACAGCUGGCGCUCCGAUGAACUCUAGGGGGCGCCAUGUCUGGCAUCCUGCAGGGUCAGGUGGACUGGGCCGGACUUUUGAAGAGAAAGAAGGGGAAGGGAGGUUCGAGGAAGAUGGACGUAACCCGCCUUGGGUUUUGUCAGUGAUGUCACUAUUUUAGAGGAUUUGAAUGGCUAUGAUGUCUGGGAAAUGAACUAGGAGAAAGAAUUCCAUGAAGCCAUAUAAAUAGAAAAACAGCUGUAUAUCAACCAUGUUAAUAGUUCAUUAUCUUUACAAUAUCCCAGGCUUGUCAUGAGAGAGAAAAAAAAAAAGAUUUAAAAUAAAGAAAAAGGAACCAAAAAAAUAUAAAACAGAAAAAUGUAAAAUACUUGAAUGAGAUCUUGUAUUAUAACAUUUAAUAUUCAUAAUAUCUGCUUUGUAGGCUGAUGUGAUUCGCUAUUAGUGUUAUUUGUAAUUUGUAGUAAUUAUGCUUUUCCUUAUUAAAUACAACAAAAAAAAACACAAAAUGGACAAAAAACUUCA